GUCUCGGCAGCCGACAUGCCAUCCAGACUGAGGAAGACCCGGAAACUGCGCGGCCACGUGAGCCACGGCCACGGCCGCAUCGGCAAGCACCGGAAGCACCCAGGAGGCCGAGGCAAUGCGGGUGGCAUGCAUCACCACAGGAUCAACUUUGAUAAAUAUCACCCAGGUUACUUCGGGAAAGUUGGUAUGAGGCAUUACCACUUAAAGAGGAACCAGAGCUUCUGCCCAACUGUCAACCUUGAUAAGCUGUGGACGUUGGUCAGUGAGCAGACACGGGUAAAUGCUGCCAAGAACAAGACUGGAGCUGCUCCCAUCAUUGAUGUGGUGCGGUCGGGCUAUUACAAAGUUCUCGGGAAGGGAAAGCUCCCAAAGCAGCCUGUCAUCGUGAAGGCCAAAUUCUUCAGCAGAAGAGCUGAGGAGAUGAUUAAGGGUGUGGGGGGAGCCUGUGUCCUGGUGGCUUGAAGCCACACGGUUCAUUAAAUGCUAGCAAAUGCUAA